CCAAACUGUGAGUUCUGAAGAAGAUCGCAAGAAGUUUUUAAAAAAUGGUUGCUAUAUGCAAGUCAACAAAAGGAGAUACAGGAAACGGUUUCUUCGCAAAGAUGGAAACUGCAACAUCCAUUUUAAACGUACUUUUGGAGAAUGGGAAAGUUACUUUUCCGAUAUCUUCACUACACUCAUAGAUCUCAAAUGGAGACAAAUGUUUCUGAUCUUCUCCUUGUCCUAUAUAUUGUCAUGGCUGUUUUUUGGCUUUGUUUACUGGGUCACGGCAGUUAUCCAUGGAGACUUACAAACUGAGGAAGAAGAUCAUACACCCUGCGUUGCGGAAGUCCACAGCUUCACUGCAGCUUUCCUGUUCUCCAUUGAAACACAAACAACUAUCGGCUAUGGAUCUCGAUUUGUGACAGAAGAGUGCCCUUUUGCUGUUUCCAUGGUCACUUCCCAAUCAGUGAUAAGCUGUUUAAUUAACACGUUUAUCAUUGGUGUUGUAGUGGCCAAAAUGUCAAAGGCAAGAAAGAGAGCUCAGACAAUUAGAUUCAGCAACAAUGCAGUGAUAGCUGUAAGAAAUGGGAAACUAUGCAUGAUGUGGCGUAUUGGAGAUUUCCGGGAAAGUCACAUCAUUGAAGGCACUGUUAGAGCUCAAUUACUCCAAUUUAAGGAGUACGAUGACAAUAAAUUGUCCAUGGAACACCAGGACUUGCACAUAGACACAGGCAAUAUCAUCCUCAUUAGUCCUGUCACCAUUGUACAUGAAAUAAAUGAAGACAGUCCGCUCUAUGACCUUAGCAAGAAAGACUUAGCUGAAGGUGACUUUGAAGUCAUAGUUACAUUUGUCUAUUCUGAGGACUCAACAGGAAAUACUCAUCAGUCUCGGAGCUCGUACACACCGUUGGAGAUCCUAUGGGGUCACCACUUUAAUGAAGUUCUCAAAGACAAGCCAACUUACUAUAAAGUUAACUACUCCCAGUUUCAUAAAACUCAAGAAGUAACGACACCAGAAUGCAGUGCCAAAGCAUUGUAUUCCACGCCAGAACACAGUAUCAAUGUGCUCACCGUGGCUGGAUUGGACAGCGACGAGGGAAAGUGUGAGAACACAGUCAUUCCAAGUGACAAUGGAAAGCAUGGUGAAGAACAAUAUGUGUACCAAAAGCCUGCAUUUGUAUUCAGAAGCCUAUCCAUGGAGUCAGAACUAUGA